GUAGGAAAGUCAAUGUCUGAAUUUAAUCCCUUCCCGAAAGUGAGAAUUAUCCUUGCAUGAGAACGAGUGCGUUGAUACGUAAUGCAGAGCAUGCAAGCUGUUAACAUGGAUGAUAUGCAAUCCACCGGGAACGAAUCGGGGAUCGAUCUCUCCUACGACAUGGUUGUGGAGAUAGACACUACCCAACUGGGGGAUCGAUGUCCAGAUUUUGCCGUCCUUUCAGCGGAUGGCAAAUCAUUGAAUCUUUACGAGAUUCAAUCCAAACCAGCAUCAACAGCCAACUCCAAAACUCGCAAAAUCUGA